CCCUAUUUAUAGCUGAACCCUUCAGUCCUUAUUUUUAUACUUACUACAAACAUCAGUACUCAGUUGUAUCCAUGGAGAAAGCUAGCUCUUUUCUUCUUUCUUUUGUCUUGCAAUUACUCUAUUUCUUAGUGGCAUGCAUUGCCGCAAACAUAAGCACUGAUCAAUCUGCUCUUCUAGCCUUCAAAGCCAGAGUUACUCUAAAUUCUUCUCAUCCCUUAUCCCUAAAUUGGUCUUCUCAAGUUUCCAUAUGUGAUUGGAUUGGAGUCACUUGUGGCUCUCGCCACCAAAGGGUAACUGUACUAAAUGUAUCCAACAUGGACAUUCAUGGGUCCAUUCCACCACAGUUAGGAAACCUCUCGUUUCUUGUUUCUCUCGAUUUUAGUAGAAAUUAUUUACAUGGAGACCUCCCUCAAGGUUUGUCUCGUUUACGUCGAUUGAAGGUGAUGAAUCUCGGGUACAAUAAUUUCAGUGGAGAGAUUCCAAUGUGGUUUGGUUUUUGUUCUGAGCUUCAAAUGUUAAUUCUUGAUAACAACGGUUUCUCGGGUAUACCCCCUGCUUCUAUUUCUAACCUAUCCAAGUUAGAAACUCUCAGUAUUAAAAACAAUCAACUUCGAGGCAGUAUUCCCAAAGAUAUUGGCAACCUUCAGAGUCUAAAGGAGUUGUUUUUAGUCAUUAACCACCUUACUGGUUCAAUUCCAAUUACCAUUUUCAACAUUUCCUCGUUGGAAAUUUUAGCUCUCACAUUAAAUGAAUUAUCAGGGAGUCUUCCUGUAGAUAUAUGCCGCUGUCUUCAAAGAAUCAAGAGCAUUUCAAUAAUUUCCAACCAUUUGAUUGGUCACAUUCCAGCUGGUUUGUCUAAUUGCACGGAAUUGUAUGACUUGUCAAUGUCAUACAAUAACUUCGAUGGGACCAUUCCACCAGAAAUUGUGAACUUGGAGAGGCUUGAAAGAUUAAACCUUGGCGGAAACAACUUGCAAGGUAGUCUUCCAUCUGCUCCAAGCUACUGGCCAACAAACCUAAGGUAUUUGGAUCUUGGUGGAAACGGCAUUGGUGGAGUUAUACCAAGCUCAAUCUCCAAUUCCUCCAAUCUAAAGAGGUUAUCUCUCAAAAAUAACAAAUUGAGUGGUAAAAUUCCUAAUUCAUUGGGGGAUUUGAGAAAGCUUCAAUAUUUGGCUUUGUCGCACAAUAAUUUAACAGGUGGUAUACCUACAGAGAUGGGAAAUCUUUACAAAUUGAAGAUUCUAUAUAUGGGUGGUAAUAAAUUAAGUGGUUCCAUACCGAAAGAGCUCUUCAAUAUCUCUACGCUAAGAGACAUGGACCUUGCUUUCAAUAACCUUUCAGGUAGUCUUCCAUCUGCUCCAGGCUACUGGCCAACAAACCUAGAGUAUUUGCAUCUUGGUGUAAACAACAUUGGUGGAGUUAUACCCAGCUCAAUCUCCAACUCCUCAAAUCUAAAGAAAUUAUAUCUCGAGGAUAACAAAUUGAGUGGCAAAAUUCCUAACUCGUUGGGGGAUUUGAGACAGCUUGAAGUUCUGGGCUUGCACAUUAAUAACUUAUGGUCUCCACAUCUGAGUAUCUUAACUUCAUUGGUGAACUGCAGAUCUUUAAGACAUAUAGUAUUAGCAGAUAAUCCUCUGAAUGGUGUUCUUCCAAAUUCCAUUGGUAAUCUCUCCAUUUCUCUUGAACUGUUUUAUUUAUAUCGUUGUGAAAUUAGGGGCCAGAUACCGUUAGGAAUUGGGAAUUUAAGUAACUUAAUCGCUUUGUCCCUAUUCGGCAAUGACUUGACAAGAUCAGUGCCAAGAACAUUAUGUAAUUUACAUAAUCUUCAAAUUUUAGGGCUUGGUGAUAAUAGGUUAAGUGGACCGUUGCCGGAGUGCCUUUGCAAAUUGCCGAAGUUGGGCAUAGCUAAUUUGUCAUCUGCUCAAAUUUCGGGUCAGAUACCGUAUUGCAUCGGUAACGUUACCUCUUUGAGAAAUAUUUAUCUAAAUUCAAAUAGGCUCACUAACAUACCGAUGAGUCUAUGGAGCCUCAAAGAUCUUUUGGAGCUUGACUUGUCAAAUAAUUCUUUGGUUGGUUCACUGCCUCCUGAUUUCGGUAACUUGAAUCACAUAACAUUCAUAGAUUUGUCAAGGAAUCACCUUUCAGGAAGUAUUCCCACCACAGUUGGAGAUUUGCAGAGUCUUGUUUAUCUUUCUUUGGCUUAUAAUGAGUUGCAAGGAUCUAUUCCGGAGUCACUCGGGAAAAUGAUAAGUUUGGUAUCUGUGAAUCUAUCCAAUAACAUUCUUUCAGGUACGAUUCCAAAAUCACUGGAGUCACUUCGAUAUCUGAAGGAUUUCAAUGUAUCAUUCAAUAGAUUAGAAGGUGAAAUCCCAAGUAAUUUCACCUCUCAAUCUUUUAUGGGAAAUGAAGAGUUAUGUGGCGAUUUGCUUUUCCGGCCUUGUAUGACUAGGUCUUUUCAUCAUUCAAGGAGAAGAAAAUUGCUACUGAUUAUACUUGUCCCAUUGGUUGCUUCACUGAUGGCACUUGCCUCAAUCGUUGCAUUUAUGUUAAGGAGACGUGGGAAUAGAAACGUUCCAACUCAAGCCGAAUCCUUUCCUACAACAACACUAGCCAGGAUUUCAUACAUUGAAGUUGAAAGGGCAACUCAAGGAUUCGACCAAUGCAACUUGCUCGGCUGUGGAGGUUACGGCUCUGUUUACAAGGGCAUCUUUGCAAAUGGGAUGGUUAGGGCAAUCAAAGUGUUUAAUUUACAGAUUGAAGGUGCAUUCAAGAGUUUUGAUUCUGAAUGCGAAGUUUUACGCAACCUUCGCCAUAGGAAUCUUACCAAAGUUAUCACCAGUUGUACUAACUUGGAUUUUAAAGCUUUACUUCUAGAGUACAUGCCCAAUGGAAGCCUGGAGCAGUGGUUACAUUCUGAUGGUUACUUCUUGAAUAUGAUCCAAAGAUUAGACAUAAUGAUCGAUGUUGCAUCUGCUUUGGAAUAUCUCCAUCAUGGUUAUGUAACAAUUGUUGUACAUAGUGACUUGAAGCCUAGCAAUGUCUUGCUAGAUGAAAGGCUGGUUGGACAUGUGAGUGACUUUGGCUUGGCGAAGUUAUUAGGAGAAGGGGAAUCUAUUGCUCAUACUAAAACACUUGCAACGAUGGGCUACAUCGCACCAGAGUAUGGAUCAGUAGGAUUGGUUUCUCGAAGAUGUGAUGUGCACAGCUACGGCAUUAUGCUCAUGGAAACUUUCACAAGGAGAAGGCCAUUUGAUGAAAUGUUUCACGAAAAUUUGAGUAUGAGGAGUUGGGUCUGUAAUUCACUACCUGUCGCACCAAAUGAUAUUAUUGAUGCCACCUUAUGGGAACCUGAAGAGACUGAUUUUGAGAAGAAGUUGCAUUGUGUGUCCUCUAUUUUGGAGUUGGCAUUGAAUUGCACAGUUGAAUCUCCUAAUGAGAGGCUGAAUAUGAAAGAUGUCCUUGCAAUUAUCAAGAAGAUCAAGCACGAACUCCUUCGCAAAUGAUGUAACAAGGUUUAUGCAACGGUACUGCGGCCUUUUCGGCUUUAGCAAAUUUGGUGACCGCAAUUGAGAUGACAACCAACAUUUGGUCCGAGAAUUGAACUUUCUUGUUUCUUGCGCUUUUCUCUUGUGCUAGUUUCAAGUUUUGAGUGUAUGUGUUUCAAAUAACUUUAAUAUAUAAGAUGUGUACUAAAACAGUGUAAAAUGAUGAACUACAAUCUUGGCUCUUUUGGUUACCAAGUUGAACGGAUUGUCCCAAUGAAAGAGCUUAAUUGUAGAUUGAAAGCACAAACACAAUCCAUAUUUUGCACUCACUCGAAAUUGAUACAAAACGUAGAUCCUAAUUGUGGAAAACACUGAAAGGCUGAACCCGCCCGAUCACCAACACUUGGCAACUCCUAUAAUCACACUUUGCAAAUACAAAAGCUUCACUCCCUUUGUGGUUCAUUAUAUUAGUAAUAUUUCCAUUAAUCCCAUAACUAACAAACCAGAGAUAUCUCCAUUAAUCCCAUAACUGAUACAAAAGAUGAACUCUCCACAUAAUAAUCUAUCUUUUCCAAAGUCUGGCUUGGAAAUUAAAUCUCUGAGAAAGCUUUUAACUUGGAUUCAAAUAGGUUAACUUUAAGUGUACCAAAUAGCCUUUGGAAUCUCAAAGAUCUUCUAGAGGUAAGCUUAUCAUCAAACUUAAUGAAUAGCUCUCUACAUCGAGGUAUUGGAAACUCAAAGGCUGCCAACUUGUCAUGAAUCAAUUUCUUAAAUGAGUUUCCAGUGGCAGUUGGACGUCUAUCAAACUUGAUCAAUUUUUCUUUGGCACAUGAUCAUCUGACUACAUCAACAGACAACAGUGACGUCAUAAGUUUGAUUGUCUUAGACUUCUCCUUUUUCUUUUCUUUUUUCUGAAACUGGUAAUUGUGUAUACCUCAACAUUUAGGACAUGCUGGAGACCUUCAAAAGUGUUACAGUUAGGAAAAAAAAAGAAAAAAAAAACUCUGGUUCAAUCCCCAAAUCACUUGAAAGCUCUUCAAAUAUCUCAAGUAUUUCAAUGAUUCAUUCAAUGACUUAACAGGUGAGAUUCCUUCAUUGGUCCUUUCAAAAGUUUCACUAGUAUCAUUUUUGUCCAAUAAAGGUUUAUGUGGCCAUCCCAAGUUUCAUGUCUCAGUUUGCAAUAUUAGUCCAUCCAGCAACUCAAGAACUAAAAAGCUUUUGCGGAUUAUUUUGUUAUUCGUUGCUACUGCAAUUGUGAUGCAUGGCUUAUCCUGAUUAUCGCAAUUAGAAGAUAUCUGAGGAAAGAUGGCAGUAAGAGCACAACCAACUCAAUCUCUCAACCAGGACCACCACAGAUUUCAUAUUAUGAACUUUUACAUGCAACAAACUGGUUCAGCGAAAGCAAUUUGCUUGGCAAUGGGAGUUUCGAAUAUGUUUAUAAGGGGAUAUUUCAAGGCGGUACCACUUUUGCAGUAAAGGUGUUAAAUUUGCAACAAGUUGCAUCCAAGAGUUUCGAUGCAGAAUGUGAAAUAUUGAGAGACCUUUGCCAUUGGAAUCUCACAAAGGUCAUAACUGGCUGUUCCAGCAAUGAUUUCAAAGCUUUAUUAUUAGAGUACAUGCCAAAUGGGAACCUUAAGAAGUUGCUAUACUCUGACAACCAUGCUUUAGAUAUAAUGCAAAGACUGAAUAUUAUGAUAGAUGUGUCUUACACAUUACAGUAUCUUCAUCAUGGUUAGUUAAAGCCUGUGGUCCAUUGAGAUGUUAAGCCUAGUAACAUCUUGUUGGAUGGAAAUUUGGUUGCUAAUUUAAGUGAUAGGAAAAAUAUUUGGUAAGGGAGAGAGCAUAGCAUCUACGAAGUAUACUGCACCAGGUGAAGCUUCUUGUUUAUCUUGCAAAUCUUUUCCCCAUUCUGACAGGGUUAAUGAAUAUAGGUGGAAUUAUUUCUUGAAACCAAGAAACAAAAUUCUUCUACAAAGUGAGUUUCUGGAAAAUACCUGUAGAUUGUACAUCAUUUAUGGUGAAUGAAAUAUCGUGGGAUAAACCUUUUAUCUUAUAUAACAUUCCUGUUGAUCUAAAAGUUUAAGUUCUAUGGUGAGAAUGUACAAUUAAGGUGCUUUAACUACUAUAGCUCAUAAUAGCAAAAAAUUCUCCACCUCAAAGUGAAAGUG